CAAUCUCUGAUUAGUGAUUAGCUUGUUGAAUCACGAGGAGGAGUCAGACUCCAACUACUCAAAAAGGAUAAAAUAAAGGCAUGGGAGAACCAGAUGGCAUCUUCUCUCUGCUUUUCCUCUCCCUUCAAGGUUUCCCAAAAUAUGGGGUUCUGUGUUUUGGGUCUUCUCCAACUCCAACAAAAAUUUGUGCUCUAAAUUAAUCAACACAGGCCGUUGAAAUUCUGCGCUUUCUUCUAAUCAAUCGGCCAAAACGGGAGGUAGCUAUUUCUUUCAGCAUUGUUGUAUCAGAACCCUGCAAAACAAUUCCUACAUCUCCUUUUCGUUGUUCCCGUUCAUCUUUGCGAUUCUGAUUGGACUCCUGGAUUGGAGAUGAGAACUGUUCUCCGCCCUGUUCGACAAUUUCAGUCAGCUUUUCGGCAUCAAGGAGGCAAUUUCUCAAGUGUUUUAUCUAGAAAGCACAAUUAUUUAGCCAAUACAAGGCUUGGUUCUGCCAACAAGUGCUUCUUCAAUGCCAAAAAUUGUAAACAUAAUCAUCCCUCUUAUGUGAACUCAAGAGCUCUAUUUGCUGAUGCUGCUAAAGUAACCACUGGAGAAUUGAGCAGAGGAGGACCUCUAGUUGAGUAUGAGCGCAGAAUUGCUGCAGGCGAACUUGUUGAUGGCGAUAGUUAUCAGGUGGGCACCUUGAGAGAACUGCAGAGACUCUAUGAUGAGCUUGUUGACUCGGCUGAUGCUUGCCGGUUAGACCGCUAUGCUGCCUCUGAUAAAGCAAGCAGGAGUAGAUGGUUCUGGUCGCGCAUCAUUCCCCAGCCUUCAUACUCACCGGUGAAAGGACUCUAUCUCUAUGGAGGAGUAGGAACAGGAAAAACUAUGCUGAUGGACUUAUUUUACGAUCAACUGCCUAACAGCUGGAGAAAGAAGAGAAUUCAUUUCCAUGACCUCAUGUUGGAUGUCCACAGCCGCUUACGGAAGCACAAGGGUGUGGCCGAUCCCCUUGAAGUGGUUGCAGCGGAGAUAUCCGAUGAAUCAAUCUUAUUAUGUCUCGAUGAAUUUAUGGUGACUGAUGUUGCCGAUGCCCUGAUUCUAAACCGUUUAUUCAGACAUUUAUUCAAUAAUGGUGUGGUUCUUGUUGCUACUUCAAAUCGUGCUCCAGAUAACCUUUAUGAAGGUGGACUGCAGAGAGAUCUUUUUCUCCCAUUUAUUUCCACUUUGAAGGAAAGGUGUAUAGCUCAUCAAAUUGGGUCCUCAGUAGACUAUCGAAAAAUGACUUCGGCCCAGCAAGGCUUUUACUUUGUCGGGAAAGAGUCAUCUUCCCUUCUUAAGGAAAAGUUAGAACAGAUAAUUGGAAAACACACGGCUUCACCACAAGAAGUUGAAGUCGUUAUGGGGAGGAAAUUAUUUGUUCCACUGGGUGCUAAAGGAUGUGCGUACUUUCCCUUUGAAGAGCUCUGUGAUAAACCACUUGGUGCUGCAGACUAUUUUGGACUGUUCAAGAGCUUCCAUACCCUGUCGUUGGAAGGGGUGCCAGUUUUUGGACUCCAUAAUAAGACAGCAGCAUACCGCUUUGUCACUCUAAUUGACGUGAUGUAUGAGAACAAAGCCAGAUUGAUUUGUACUGCUGAGGGGAGUCCUUUUGAUCUUUUCCAUAGAAUUGUGACAGUAUCUGAUGCUCAACAAAUGGCACCCAGAACCUCUUCAAGGUCAAGGAGAAAUGAUGAUAUGGACCUUUGUGUGGACAAUGAGUUGGGGUUUGCUAAAGAUCGCACCAUUAGUAGGUUAACAGAGAUGAAUAGCAGACAGUACUUGGAGAUGCAUGCUGCCAUGUUAGCAGGGGAACGAGAACACAGUUGACAAGCAAUUAACAAACAGAGGAUACUCGGAAGUGCAUGUUCAGAAGAGUAGUGUUGUCUGUAAGACUAGUAGAUGCCGCUUAUUAUGAGUUUUGGCUGCUUUCUUGGUGGUGGUUUUGACACCAAAUGGAUACAAUAGAAGCUGAAUUCUUGAGCUGAAUAAAAUGUAAUUUAUCAGCUUGCAAGGUUCUAAUCUCAUUCAGCAAUUGUAGCAAACAGUUUUUAGUGCUGUACAAAUAAAUAAAAAGCAGCUGAUUUGUUCCCAUCA